GUCUAUUUUAAGGGGUUCUCUAUUUGAAUGGCUGUUGGGUCCAAGUCCAAUUUAAAGAUAAAGGACCUAGGAAGGGGACAGCAGGGGCCUGAAGUCACCCAUCAGCAAUUAGACCUGGGCAGCAGACUGGGCAGGAGCACAGGUCCCCUGAUCAGUCUUCCCCGCUGUGGUUGUCCAUAAUGGAGGGAGAAGAGCAGGAGGACCAUUCAGAGGUGCACCCUCACCAAGGACACAAGCGUGGACUCUGUAACUGCCAGCAGUGCAUCCCACUCUGGCUAGUCUUGGUGUUGCUGGGCGGCGCUGGAGCGCUAACUUGGUAUUUCAUAGACUACAGACCACGCCACACGGCAUCCCUGCACUUCUACUCGGGCAGCCUGCGGAUCCUUAAUCGACAGUUUUCCCUGGAUCAUGGGCGGAUGGAAUCCAGAGGCUUCUGGACAGAGACAACAAAGACUCAGAAGAUGCUGAAAGACCUCAUUCAUGCCACUGAUUUGGCUCCUUACUACAACUCCAGCACCGUCUAUGCCUUUGGAGAGGGAUCUCUGACAUGCUUCUUCUGGUUCGCCCUUCAAGUCCCCAAAGGGCAGCACAAGGAGAUGACUGCGGAGAAAGUGAAUGCCACGCUCUACAAAGAACUUCUUGGCAGCAUCGAUGGAACAGGACACCUCUCAUACCAGACAGAAUACAAGGUUGACCCAGAAUCCUUGGUUUUGCUAGAAUCCAGUGUGAAAGACAUAAAAGUCCUGAAAUCCACAUUGGGUUGCUACAGGUACAGCUACAUCAGGGAAGAUGCUGUGCUCAAGCUGAGGGGCCCAGACUACCUUGCCUCAAGCUGCCUCUGGCAUCUCCAUGGCCCCAAAGGCCACAUGAUCAAGCUGCGCUUGGAAUGGACCCUCUCCGAAUGCAGAGACCGACUGGCCAUGUAUGACGCAGCAGGACCUCUGGAAAAGCGGCUCAUCACUUCGCUGUAUGGCUGCAGUCGCCAGGAGCCUGUGGUUGAGGUCCUGUCUUCAGGCCCCGUCAUGUCUGUGGUGUGGAAGAAGGGGAUGUACAGCUACUACGAUCCUUUCAUACUCUCUGCACAGGCUGUGCCCUUUGAAGCCUGCCAGAUGAAUUUAACGCUACGGGGAAGCCAGGAGAUGCAAGGGAACAUCAGGACCCCAUACUACCCCAGUUACUAUGCACCCAAUACGCAGUGCACUUGGCACAUGACGGUCCCAUCUCUGGAAUAUGGAGUCGUCCUUUGGUUUGAUGCUUACACUCUGAGGAGGCAGAAGCAUGACCUCCCAUGUACCCAAGGGCAAUGGACCAUCCAGAACAGAAAGUUGUGUGGCUUGCGGACUUUGCAGGCCUAUGCUGAAAGGAUCCCUGUCGUGUCCAGUGCUGGGGUCACCAUCAACUUCACUUCUCAGAACUCCCUAACGGGGCCUGGAGUGCAAGCGGCAUACAGCCUAUACAAUCAGUCAGACCCAUGCCCCAGAGAGUUCCUUUGUUCCGUGAAUGGGCUUUGUGUGCCAGCUUGUGACGGGAUCAACGAUUGCCCCAAUGGAUUAGAUGAGAGAAACUGUGUAUGCCCUGCAAAAUUCCAGUGUCAGGAAGACAGCACAUGUAUCGAGUUCUCCAAGGUCUGUGAUAAACACCUGGACUGCAUCAAUGGGAGUGAUGAGCAACAAUGCAAUGAAGGAGUUCCCUGUGGACUUUUCACUUACCUGUGUGCCGAUGGGAGCUGCGUGAAGAAACCCAACCCUCAGUGUGACUCAGUCCCUGACUGCAAGGAUCGCUCUGACGAGAUGCACUGUGACUGUGGAUUGCAACCUGCACUGAACCGCAUUGUGGGUGGUGCCCAUUCUGUGGAAGGGGAGUGGCCAUGGCAAGCUAGUCUCCAGGUGCGGGGUCACCAUGUUUGCGGUGGGACACUGAUUGCAGAUCGCUGGGUGAUCACCGCCGCUCACUGUUUCCUGGAUGACAGGCAGGCUUCCCCCACUGUCUGGACAGUCUACCUUGGCAAGCAGCUUCUGAAUGUCAGCAGCCAAAACGAGGUCUCCUUCAAGGUGAUUCGUAUCCUGCAGCACCCGUACUAUGAAGAGGACAGCCAUGACUACGAUGUGGCGCUGCUGCAGCUCGACCACCCAGUCAUCUAUUCAGCCUUCAUCCAGCCUAUAUGUCUGCCUGCCAGCUCCCAUCUCUUUGAGGCAGGCCUCCUGUGCUGGAUCACAGGCUGGGGUGCAACUAAGGAAGGAGGUCCCAGCAGUAAGAUUUUGCAAAGGGCGAGUGUGCCACUAGUGCACCAGGACAUGUGCAACGAAGCCUAUCACUACCAGGUUACGUCCAAGAUGCUCUGCGCUGGCUACCCCGAUGGAAAGAAGGACUCUUGCCAGGGCGACUCUGGGGGACCCCUUGCCUGUCAGGAGCCGAGCGGCAGGUGGUUUCUAGCUGGCCUGGUGAGCUGGGGAAUGGGAUGUGCACGUCCGAAUUACUACGGGGUCUACACCAGGAUCACCAGUGUAAUGGAAUGGAUUAAGCAAGCCACGAGGAGCUGAGCAAAUGCCCAACCCGCUUUCCCUUUCGAGGCAAUGCAGGCUGUGUGGAGGAGCCACCCUUCAGACUUCACCCCCCUCCCCCCCCCAAUGUCCUGUAUUUGUUGGGACAUCCCACAUCAGCUCAUGUCCCACUUAACAUUCAACUGUUGCUAGUCAAGGAUACAAUGCUGGGUAGCAGAAAGCAUCUGCAAGGACCACAAGUGAGGAGGGACUGAUAUGAAACCCAAAAUGUGAGGUGUCCCUGACUUAUGAGGAACUGGAAAUUAUGCUCCCCUGCCAUUUGGUCAGUUGUUGUUGGUUUGUUUUCUAAGAUAACCAGAGAUGGGUAAUCUAAGAACAAGAAUGGGGAACCUUUGGCUCUUCAGUAGUUGCUAGAUUCCAACUCCCAUCCUUCCUGUUGGCUGGAGCUGAUGGGAACUGUAGAAAUGCUUAAGCCUUCACCUUAAGCACCUCAAAAACUUGGGCAUUGGUCCAGGAAAUGGGUCCAACACAUGCUCAAUUACUAACUAGCUACAUUUCAAACAUUAAAUUUGGCCAGAGUAAAGCAAGCAAACAACAGAAAGCAUAUUGGAGCUGCUCACAAGACUAUAACUCUGCUGAGAGUGGGAUGCAACCCCCACCCCCCAC